AUGGAUGGGAAGGACCACAACGUGGAACCGAACCACCUAAACCCAGCCGUCUUCGACUUUGAGACUGUUCUUGUGGCCAGCUUCAAGGAUCUAGAAGCAGUCCAUUCUUGGUGGUCCUCUGAUCAGGUCUUCGAACUAAUGAAGCAAAGAGGUCCGCUGACGAAGAUGGGUCUUCACACAGUCGAUGGCCUUGCACAGGGCUUCGAGGGGACCAAGAAGCGAGCCGCAAUGGGUGACAAGCUGAUGCUGCUGGAGAUUGCCAAAAUCGACUCGUUCAAACCGAUUCAGCGAUACGUGGACAUGUACAAGCGACUGGCCGCCAAGGCCCACAAGGACAUCGGAACUGCUUGCAACUUGCUGUUCGCAGAAGGCAUCAGCGGUGUUUUGCUGAACGAGUUUCCGGUACAGGCGAUUUGUGCAUCCUGCUGGCGAACUAGAUCUGACCUCCUUUCUUGGUACGAAGCUCCAAAUUACCAGCAGGAUCUCAUGCCCUUGAGAUACGACUUCGCAAAGUGUUUUGCUGUGGCGGUCCCCAUGUAUGAAGACAGAAAAGAAACCGGCGACGGCGACAACUUCAAGAGAAGAGCGUCUGCAGCUGCUGGGAUGAAGCUCAGGGGGUUGCAGGUGUGA